AGAGAAGAAAGAUACCAUGGAGCCGGUCGGGCUAGCAGUCGGCCUUGUCGGCCUAUUCAGCACCUGCAUGGAUGUGAUGCAGCGGGUUGACUCGUACAGAACCGCUGGCCGCGACUCGCGACAACUCGACGCUCAGCUCAACGCAACCAUGCAUCUCUUGGAGCGAUGGGGUGACGGCGUUGGAAUCAGCAAGGGCAAGCUCUCGGAUAACCAUCACCCAGAUCUCGACAACCCGCGCACGUUUGCUGUGGUCCAGGGUCUGUUAAACAGCAUCAAGGACUUCUCGACAGUGUCGAAUGACCCACCCAGCCCCAAAGGCCUCCAGAAGACUCCAUCGUUUCCAAUAUCAGGAGAUGUGUCGGCUCAUGGCUCCAAGAUCUCGAGGUGGCAAAAGACAGCAUGGGCACUGCGCGGAAAACUGAAGCAGACAAGCCAUGUCCAAACACUCGCGGGCCUCGUAUCAGAUCUCUAUAACGUUGUCUCCCCCGAUACUACGGGAUCAAAAGCCUUGACACGAACUCCAAGCUUUAAGGAUCUAUCGAUAAGCGCGGGCGAGCAACCAUAUGCUGUCGAAAUUCGGGAACUGCUGCAGAAGAUUGAGGAGGAGAUGGAAGCUGAUAAAAUGCGUGAUUUGCAUCUGUGGCUUGGAGCUCCGCCGCCAAAUGAUGUAUUCAGCGACUCAAACGAUAAGCGUGUCGAAGACACGUGCGAAUGGAUCCUUCAUCGGGAUGAAUUCCUCGAGUGGCAGAAACCUUCUUCCUCUAGCAAGUUACUCUGGAUCAAAGGCCCAGCUGGGUUUGGGAAGACGGUCCUUUGCGCCAGAAUCGUUCAAGAGCUCGAAAGAACGACACAGGAUCGCGUCGCAUAUUUUUUCCUAUCGUCAAGAUACGAUGGCCGCGACGAUCCUUUCUCAGUCAUCCGAGCAUGGGUGACUGUGAUGAUACAGCGUAGCCCGGCGGCUCGAGAUAUCGUGACCAAGGCCAGACUAGUACAGAAUGAGUCACGAGCUAGCCAGGCAACCAUACUACGAGCUUUCCGCGAAGUUACCGUGGGUGUUCCAGGCUGGAUUCUUAUUCUGGACGGGUUGGAUGAAUGCACUGGGAUGGCAAAUACAUAUACAAAGUCCGUCCCUCAUUUCCUCGAGAAAUUGCGGAUAGCUAUCACCGACACUGCCACCAAAAUCCUCAUCUCAAGCCGUGGCGAUGCUAUCAUUCAGCAAGGUCUUUCAGAGUUCACUGGAUAUAGCGAAUAUACCAUCAUUCCGGAGGAUGUUGGGCCAGAUCUAAUGGCAUACUCAUCUGAAAUUGUCAGAGCCAAGUUACCAAAUAAGGACGAGCCAACGAGAGCCUCUAUUGCUCAAAAGAUGAAAACCAGAAGCGAGGGCCAGUUCCAGUGGGUUAAGCUUCAAGAAGGAUCUCUGAGAAAGGGACGGAGCAGAAAGCAACUUGAACGAGAAAUUGAUGAAACUCCGUCUGGCCUUGACAGUCUCUACGACCGGGAAUGGAAUAGGAUCAACUCGUUGGGGGAACUGGAUAAAGGUCGAGCACUUUCAUUGCUGCGAUGGACCGCGUUCGCGAUGACACCGUUGACAGUGUACCAGAUUACGGAAGCUGUGCUCAUUACAGAAGGCAUGGAAGUGUUCCCGUUCGAAGAGAUGCCAGAUUGUGUCGAUCAGGAUUAUGUCGACAGUAUGAUCCUAGAGCUAUGCGGAUCAUUGAUUGAAGUCCGGCACGUUUCAUCGUCCGAGAAUAUUGAGCACCCCGAACAUAUUCAGGACUCAGAAGAGGAUUCUAUCGGCUUACAAGAAGUUCACUUGUCACACUUCUCUGUCAAGGAAUAUCUCCUCCUCAAGACCUUUCCCGGCACCAACACUUUGCUCUCAAAUGAGAAACUCCGCAUCGCCAACCUAAAUGUCCACAAUAAUACUCUUGCGAAAAAUUGCAUUCGAUUCAUAAACCUCCCUGGAGCUUUUAAACACAUAAAGAUGAACAACAAUGAACGAUUAGCAAAGCACUUCCUGCUCUAUGCUGUGAGUGAAUGCUUUGAUCAUUGCCGAGCCGCCAAGGCUAUCGACCUGGACUUACAACAGGCACUGAUUGCUCUCCUCGAUAGUCGAAACGAGAACUGGCCCUUUCUGAAAGAGUUCAUUGAGAUCGGGCUAGUAAGUGAAAGCCCCGACUUUCAAGGCAGUUCAGUAAGCCCAUUUUUACUUGCACUCUCCAGUGGACUCACAGACGCUGUGGCGUACCUCAUACGAGAAGGAAGCCUUGAUAUGGAGGAUCGAUCGUGUCUCAAUGCGACCCCGUUAUUCUGGGCUUGCGGUUAUAAACACAAGGAAAUUGUUAAAUUACUCGUUGACAAUGGAGCAGACAUCAAUGCAAGAUGCGGCAACGGUCAAGUACCACUGCACAUCAGUGCACAGGAUGAGAGCGGCGCAAUCGCGGAAAUUCUUAUUUCGAGAGGCGCAGAUGUCUCAGUGGUCGACGAAGAUAGAGAAACUCCGCUUAACACCGCUUCAAUCAGUGGCAAUACAGAGGUGGCGCGGCAGCUUAUCGACAGUGGAGCUGAUAUGUCACACGAAACAGCAGAUGGCUUCACACCACUCUCGAUGGCUUCUCAGGAAGGACAUAUUGAAUUGGCCAACCUUCUUAUUAAAAAGGGUGCGGAUGUCAGUCAGGUUCCGGCCGACGGCUAUCCCCCGCUUCUUCUGAGCGUGUGGUACAACCACCUAGAACUUGCCGAGCUACUGAUAGAUGAAGGUGCGGAACUCACAGAGUAUAAAGUUGAGGACCAGGUUUUCUCAUUACUUGCUGUAGCGGCCGGUAAAGGACAUCUCAAAAUGGCGAAAACCCUGAUCAGUAAAGGGUUUAAUCCGACGGAGGCCCAGCCAUUACUUCUAGCUGCCUCCUAUGGUUGCUAUGGGGGAUUCUCAAGCGAUUUCGACGUAAAAGACGCUGAAGAAUCGCCUGAUUUCCCUCGCCCAGAUUAUCACCAGGUAAUAGAACUGCUACUCCAAAGCGGCGCUGAUGUGAACACCAGUGACGUGCACGGUUACACGCCACUCUUUGUGGCUUCAUUCUACGGCUGUAUCAGCGUAGUGGAGAUGCUAAUACAGAACGGUGCUGGCUUAAAUGCCAAAACAGUCUCUGGAGCGACACCACUUCAGGCUUCCUCCGCAAGCGGGCAUUUACGAGUAACACAGCUUCUGGUCCAACACGGAGCUGAUGUCGCAACUAAAGACAAUUGUGGCCGCAAUCCUUUGCAUAGUGCCUGUCGGUCAGGAGUUCUCGAGCUUGUCAAAUUCAUUAUAAAUGUAUCCCAAACGCAGGCCCUUGAUGAGGCUGACCACUGGGGCUCCACACCUUUGUCCCUUGCAGCAAGAUUUGGCAGCGUUGGCAUCGUCAGGGCACUUAUUGGUACAGGCGCUGUAGAGGUCGAAUCUAGCGAUAGGUUCGGCAGGACAGCGACAACGUGGGCGGCGAACCUCGACCAUAACGCAGUUUCGAGGCUACUAGCUAGAGCAGAUGGAUAUCGAGACCUGGGAACUGAUAUCGAGGAGGAGGAUGCUGUCCAAGAACAGAGUCGAGAGGUGAGAGCCUACUGUGGCAUAUGCUGUUUACCUAUCUAUGCUCAACUUUCUGUACAUUGUGAAAUUUGUAGUGGUGGGGACUUUCAUAUAUGUUUAGCUUGUUUGAGCCUUGGUGGGUAUUGCUUUGAUGAGACACACGAGUUGGUUCCCGUUGAGGCUGAAGGGGAAGACUAAAAGAGCUAAUCUUACUGUUUGCCGAA